AACUGUUAACCAGAUGGAAAAAUUGAAGAGGAAAUGAAACUUUGAUCAUUGAGAUGUGAAAAAGUCACAGGAAAAACUGUAUUCUUGGGAUUCUAUUUGUCCAGAAUCCUAAGAAACUUUGGAUCCACUGACACUACUGCUGGAGAACUAUACAAUGGCAACAAACAACAGCAAUUGUAGUGAUUCAUUUAAAAAAGAACUGUUAGCUCCUAUCUACGGUGUGGAGAUGUGUGUGGCACUGGCGGGGAACAUACUGGCACUGUGGCUGCUUGUGACUAAGGAGAGAAAGAACUGGCAUAUGGGAGUGGUGUUCUCCUGCAACCUGAUCAUCAGCGACAUCUUUUACGCCGUCGUUCUUCCUCUUCGUGUCGUCUACUAUUCAAAAGGACAGGUCUGGAUAUUUGGUGAAGCUGUCUGCAAAAUAGAGCGCUUUCUCUUCACCUGUAACCUCUACGUCAGCAUUUACUUCAUCAUGUGCAUCAGUGUUGCUAGAUACCUGGCUAUCGUUCAUCCCUUUUUCACACGCAAACACAUUCGCCCAAAACAUGCCAAGAUCGUCAGUCUGUUCGUCUGGAUCUUUGUGGCAAGCAUUUCAUCUCCAAUCCUCUACUUUUCAGGUAUGAAGAACAAAAAGUGUUACUUAUCUGCAAAGCUGGACAAACCAGUCAUUUCUAACCCCAGGGUGUUUAUGACUAUUAUGGGCUGUUUGGUCCCCUUUGUAGUUACUUUUGCAUCAUAUUUUGGUGUAAUAUGGGUGGUUUGUAAAAAUGCAAAUAUCACCUUAUUAGAGAAGAAAAAAGUGGCCCUGAUUGUGGGUUUAGGCUGCGUCCUGUAUGCUGUGUCUUUUGUCCCCUAUCACAUUCUGCAAAUAUGGUACUUUAAACUGAAGGAAGGAAAUAAACCUAAUUGUUAUGUGCGUAAUGGAUACCAAGUGUCAAAGGCAUUAGCCUGCCUGAACAUGUGUCUUCAUCCCAUCCUGUACAUGGCUGUGUUUGACAGCAUCAGGGCAGUGUGCUGCAGAAGGACAGCAAAUUAAUACAACUUGUGAAAUCACCAGUUGGACUUAUUAUUAAUAUAAAACAGCUAUUUUAAGCGUCCAGAAUUUGUUUGUUUUUUUUGUUCUUAAUGCGUUUAAUCACACAGUUUCCUUAAGGACCCAGUGUGGCACUGUCUAUAAGUCCAUUAAGACUGUGAAGCCGAAGUUGAUCCUAAAUCUAUUACCAUGUUAAAUUGCAAAGCCAGUACAUUACCCUCUUGCGUCACACUGAAGUAUUUUCCAGCGUUUUAAAUUUGAGUGCUAACAAGUCAAAACUGCAUUACUGGGUCUUUUUUUUUUUUUUUUUUUUUA